AUGACUAAGAUUCGAAGUGUGUUGGAGAGCCCGCUGCCUGCGAACGGGGUCAGGUUUUUUGGGCUCGGGGGUCGCUCGGACCUGCUGGACCUGGGUCCGGGAAGGCCCGGAGAUGAGCUGUGCCUGGUGGCUCCCGGCUGGGGUGCCCCAGACGAGCCGGGGAUCGAGCUUCUUCAUGGAACCACCACUCCGGCCUUCGAGUUUUGGCAUGACAGUGAAGAAGGCCUGUACUACGUGGACAGUGAGGGAAGCCGUGUCUCUGGAGUCACCUUUUCUGUGGGUUCCGGUUCAGUCUAUGCUUAUAGCAUUAUGGACCAGGGCUACCCAUUUGAUCUUUCUGUGGAAGAGGCCUAUGCCCUGGCCUGGAGAGCCACAUAUCGGGAUGCCAACUCCGGAGGUGUGGUCAACCUCUACCACGUCCGAGAAGAUGGCUGGAUCUGUGUCUCCAGUGACAACGUAGCUGAGCUGAAUGACCAGUAUCAGGGAGCCGCCCUCUGA